CCUGAAACGCAGCGUUUCAUUGGGGAAAAAAAAAAUAGGGAGACGUGAUGGCGGUUUCAGAAGAAGAAGGCGUGACCCUCGAAGUUCUGAGGAAGAAAAUGGCGGACUUCGCUCGAGAAAGGGACUGGGAGAAGUUCCACAGCCCCAGAAAUCUUCUUCUGGCUCUGGUUGGAGAAGUAGGGGAGUUGUCUGAGAUAUUUCAGUGGAAAGGAGAGGUCCCCAAAGGCCUGCCGGAUUGGAAAGAAGAAGAGAAGCUUCAUUUGGGUGAAGAGCUCUCAGAUGUGUUGCUGUACCUUGUGAGGCUGUCUGACAUAUGUGGUGUUGAUCUGGGAAAAGCUGCCCUGAGGAAGCUGGAGCUCAAUGCCAAGAAAUACCCAGUCAAGCUCUGCAAGGGCUCUUCCAAAAAGCACACCCAAAUCAACUCAAAAUCAAACUCAGUCACCGACAAGAAUGGUAGUAUUCGAAAGAACAGCAACAGUAGUGGCAGCAGCGAGUGCUAAAGCAGCUCUGAUUGGGCUUGAUCUUCUCUGCUUUUCUGUUCCCAUGACUUCAUGAUCGGCGCUUGCCUCCUAGGUUUCCAAAGCUUUUUUUGUUUCUUUUCUUCGUUUUUCCUGUUAUCGUGUUCAUCAUGAAUCUCACAUCUUGUCUUCUUACAGAAGGGUCUCUUAGGUUGUCAACUAUUCUUCACUGUUAUGUACAGUUUUUGUGGCCCUUCUCCUUAUCUUGAUGUGCAUGAGCACCAACUGGGGUGGUGUGCCUUGGCAAAACUUAUUAUCAGAAAUUUGGCUGAUGUUGGAAAGAAUACAUAUGCCUAGUCGGUGGUUAUUUCAGUGA